CUCCCUCUGCUGCUCCCUCGUGUACUCCUCUCGUGCUGGGAGAUCCCAUCUCUCUCUCCCUUCCUCUCCCAUCCUCCGCUCGCCUAGCGUUUCGCGCCCUCGUCACCCGGCGAGGCCUGCACCCACACCGGCGUAGGGUGGGCGUCGUCGUUGGCCAGAGAGAUGGCUGGCGGGUUUCGAGUACUGCAUCUUGUCAGGCCCUUUCUGGCUUUCUUGCCAGAAGUACAGAGUGCUGAUAGGAAAAUACCAUUCAGAGAGAAAGUGAUCUACACCGUCAUUUCUCUCUUCAUUUUCCUUGUCUGCAGCCAGCUCCCACUCUAUGGCAUUCACUCUACUACUGGAGCUGACCCUUUCUACUGGAUGCGUGUUAUUCUUGCAUCAAACCGUGGUACUGUUAUGGAGCUGGGUAUUACUCCAAUUGUGACAUCUGGGAUGGUGAUGCAACUUCUAGUGGGAUCCAAGAUAAUUGAAGUUGACAACAGCGUGAGGGAGGAUCGUGCUCUGCUAAAUGGUGCACAGAAGUUGCUUGGUAUCCUGAUUGCUAUUGGAGAAGCUGUGGCAUAUGUUCUCUCUGGAAUGUAUGGCAGUGUGAGCCAACUUGGAACUGGGAAUGCUAUUCUCAUUAUACUUCAGCUUUUCUUUGCUGGCAUCAUUGUCAUCUGUCUAGAUGAACUCCUACAGAAAGGCUAUGGUUUGGGUUCUGGUAUCUCUCUGUUCAUUGCUACUAAUAUCUGUGAGAAUAUCAUCUGGAAGGCGUUUAGCCCCACAACCAUCAACAGUGGGCGUGGUGCUGAAUUUGAGGGAGCUGUCAUUGCAUUGUUCCAUCUGUUGAUUACUCGAACUGAUAAAGUCCGAGCUCUACGCGAGGCUUUCUACCGUCAGAAUCUUCCAAAUGUGACCAAUUUACUUGCUACUGUCUUGGUCUUCCUCAUUGUUAUCUACUUCCAAGGCUUCCGUGUUGUGCUUCCAGUGAGAUCAAAGAAUGCUCGUGGUCAACAAGGCUCAUACCCAAUCAAGCUGUUCUACACUUCCAACAUGCCUAUCAUUCUGCACUCUGCUCUGAUUACCAACCUCUAUUUCAUAUCCCAGCUUCUCUACAGGAAAUACAGUGGAAAUUUCCUUGUUAACCUUCUUGGGAAAUGGAAGGAAUCUGAGUACUCUGGCCAUUCUGUUCCUGUUGGUGGUCUUGCUUACUAUGUUACUGCACCAUCAAGCUUGGCUGAUGUUCUGGCAAAUCCAUUCCAUGCACUGUUCUAUGUGGUCUUCAUGCUGUCAGCUUGUGCUCUCUUCUCAAAGACAUGGAUUGAAGUUUCUGGUUCGUCAGCGAAGGAUGUUGCUAAGCAGCUGAAGGAACAACAAAUGGUGAUGCCAGGCCAUCGUGAGUCGAACCUGCAGAAGGAACUGAACAGAUACAUCCCCACUGCUGCUGCAUUUGGCGGAGUAUGCAUUGGUGCAUUGACUGUUCUAGCUGAUUUCAUGGGUGCAAUUGGCUCAGGAACUGGUAUUCUGCUUGCUGUCACCAUCAUAUACCAGUACUUUGAGACAUUCGAGAAGGAAAGGGCAACCGAGCUUGGUUUUUUUGGUUUCUAAUCUGCAUAGCUGCGGGAGUUGGUGUUAUGGGUAUAGGCUGAAUCUGCCUGCGAGUCACAGUACUGUUUGGCCGGCUGUUUAUUGUUGUAAUCGGAGAGCUUAUAGUCAGGAUAGGUUGCGGACUAAUUUACAGAGGGAAUUGGGGAAAAUUGUAGCAGGUUCUGCAUGUGUUGAGGCCAGUAUGGUGGCAUAAGUUCUGCCAAAGUACAGCCGCAGUCAUCAUCAAGUGGCCUUUCUCGGUCUUUUCAUGUAUUGACUAUAUAGUGACCCGAAUGAUUUUGGAUGAAUUUAGUCAUCUUGAACUGAACACAUGAUCUUAUUUGUUUGCGACAAUGAUCUUACUAAUGUUCCUGGCUCUUUGUUCGCAACAAUGAUAUUACUAAAUAACCAUCUUUUUUCCC